AUGCAAAAUCUUUCUUUGAACAAGGGAUCCUCCGGUCACUCAUUCGAAACGGGAACUUGCUCUGAGGAGAGUGAUUAUACCGGGCCUGUAGAAGAUAGUAGGGACUCAGAUUCAGAUGUGACACUCGUCGAUGCACUCGACGGUAGUGGCGACGAGGAUCUAGCAUGGCUCUUGCCCAAGGCGACUCAUUCACCUGAGUACUAUCUUCAACAGCUAGAGAUGUUUGAUGAACAUGAGUAUACGGCACAAGAUUACGCCGACAGCACUACUCGCCUGAUAGAUCGUAUGGAAGAUCAGUGGAACAAGCAACUGCGUGGAACCAAGUUCGCUAGUUCCCUUGGGACGUACUGGAAGGUCUUUCGCCUUAUGUAUGAAAGAGCAACUGAUGUAAAGAUCGACGCGAAGAUAAAUCGGAGUAUGCACAAGGUGCUAAGGAAGCUGGCAAAGGAGCAUGGUCUCAAGAAAAUAGGUCGAGAUAAAGCCUGCAUGUAUGUUGAGGAUCUAGCCAAAGUGCUACAAACGAAUUUGACAACGACCGAAAAGCGAUAUCCCCACGGACGCUAUAGGAUACAAGCCCAACUCUACCUACAAUUAGGUGGGUUUACAGCGAAUCGCCCUAGUGCUCUUCUUGGUCUCUGCUAUCGGCACAUACAGGUCUCGCUGUUACGGGAUCCCGAGGAUGGCCCUCAUCGAGUUAUGCUAGAAUUCACCUUCGAAUUCACCAAGCAGUAUCUUGGUAUUAAAGACAUGAAUACCUUCCCACUCCCUGAAAUUAUGUACGAUGAGACGCUCUCCUUCAGUCCGCACGUCUUCCUCCUUGGACUGCUCUUCUGCGACCGGGCGUUUGCAGCCUACAAUCUAGUAUCCGCAGAGGACUUAAGCAGGUUAACAAUUCCGCCUGGCCGCGACCAGCUACCGCUACGCCUGAAUCCGUUAUUAGACAACAUUCCUGUCUUUCGAAAAGCGGUACGGACUGUGCAUGGUUGGGACAUUUCUCCUGACGAGCCUCUUCCCUACCCUACCCUGCUGCCGUGGAUUCGGACGCUGGGUGAGAUUACGGGGUUUGCUCAAGUCACUCGUCCUUAUUCGCUAAGAUAUGCUGGAGGGAAGGCAUUUAAUGAGAAUGGUAAGCCCUGCGAUCUGAUGCAGGAUACAAAACUAACGUAUUACAUAGGUAAUGUCAGUGAGGCCAUGCAGAACCUGAUGAUGGGGCACGCCAGCAUAGGGACAUUCUUGAGGCACUACCUCUCACGGCGAAUUACGGUUGACACGCAGGCUGUCGUGCGAGGUAUUCAGCCCCAGACAGCUCUAAUGCGAGCGGCCUGUACCAUGAGCCGUUCGAUUGAUCAUCGUCGCCCACGACGACUCACACCAGAACAAUCUGCCUCCGUAAACAAUGACCCUUUAGUUCGUUCCUUGCUUGACCGACGAGAGCAACUCAAACGCACCAUUCCUGAUGCAACAAAACAUCCUAAGUACAAAGCGCUUGCCUCUAAGAUCAACCAGGAGAGACAGCGUCAGCGGCAUGCUCUUCUUCAGGCCAUCAAGGAACGCUGGGAAUUCGAACAGCCUGUGCGUGAUGUUGAGCAGCAGCUUGCUGGCGGAAGAAUCAAGGACGAUCCGGAGCCGGUUCACUAUGCUAUGCCCCCAGCUCAAGGGGAGCUGGCAGACUCAAUCUUAUCUCAACCAGGAACUACCAUAGAGGAGGAGAUUUCCCGGCGUAAUAGGGCGAUUCGUGCGGUUACUGUGUGUUGUGGUAUUGAAGAAGGGGGGAUGAAUCCUAUCCGAAAAGCGGAGCGAAGCAGGAACGCUGCCCUACCCGCCAAGAGCCAAGCAGGAUACGAGGAAGAAGCACUAGAGUCAGCUAAAAUCUCUGUGUUCACCGAAGAAAGGCCGAGGAUAUAUUUCCUUUGCCUGGGUAACGAAGGGCUGCCGCUAGCACAGCGUAUAUAUGCUUUUCACGCUCCAGGCGAUCUUAGUAAGCAUUUUAGACGCAAGCACUUAAAACACAUUCAGAGUGGGAAAGUUCUGAACUGCAAUCUUUGUAUGGUGCCUCUGCCAGACAAAAUGCACUUGCAGCGACAUGCUCAAGAGGUUCACGGAACUGUGUCCCCUAGACAUUCUUAUAAUUGCUGCUAG